CACACUAUUACCUUCUUUCCUCCAGUUCUUCAUCUGUCAGAAUCCUGAGCACAUGUGCAUGAACCUGACAUGAAGUUGACAGGCAAGAUUCAAACCCUGAUCAGCCAUGGAAAACCUAGCUUCCUCCAUAUUGGCCUUUAUGUCUCCUUUUCACAGGUGGAGAAACCCACACUCAAGUUGUGACUUGCCUGUGCUACAAAGCCAUAAGUGGCUGAGCCAGGAUAAGAAUGUUUGGCUCUUUUCCUUACUGACCAGUAAGCAGAACUGUUUUUCUGUCCACUCCUAUAUCUCCCGCUUGCAGAGGCCCAGCAGUGGAGGUCCCUGAGGCCUGAUACUGGCUGCGCUUUUACAUCUCAUCUUCAAGAAAUGAAUGCCAGGCUGGGAUGGUACCUACAUGUGUCUCUCCCAUGAGCUUUGUAGCUGCCAAAGAGUUCUGUGUACAUCUUUAGAAGCUUUGUCUCAGGAAUCUUGAAGCCCCUGGGUUGGCCAAGCUCACAAAGCAAGUCUGGAACAGAACCUAUAAGGGACUGAAUUUGGAGAAGCUAGUGUUGGGUGAGGGUAGCCUCUUGGGCGGUUUUUUUUCUCUCUGAAGUAUCAGAGAAGCCCUGGUGUCAGGGCUUGGCUUUGUGGAGCUUGUGUGUGGCCACUGCAUCCUCACUGUGGUAGCUAUCUUACAGGACAGAUGUCUACUGUUCUUCAAGAUGACUUGAUAUGAAGGAGUCACACAUCCCACCUCCCCAAGCUGCCGUGUGGCUGUCUUGUCCUUCAAGUGCAGGAGCUGGGUGAAAUGUCAGAAAUGGAAGCCAAUGUGACUGUCCCAAUCUGGCAAAACAAGCCACAUGGGGCUGCCCGAAGCGUAGUGAGAAGAAUCGGGACCAACCUACCCUUGAAGCCAUGUCCCCGGGCAUCCUUUGAGACCCUACCCAGCUUCACUGACCUGUGUUUGAGAGAUGUGCCCCCAGUCCCUACGCUGGCUGACAUCGCCUGGAUUGCUGCAGAUGAAGAGGAGACAUAUGCCCGUGUCAGGAGCGAUACACGCCCGCUGAGGCACACCUGGAAGCCCAGCCCUCUGAUCGUCAUGCAACGCAAUGCCUCAGUGCCCAACCUACGUGGGUCUGAGGAGAGGCUCCUAGCCCUGAAGAAGCCAGCCCUGCCAGCCCUAAGCCGUACCACUGAGCUGCAGGAUGAGCUGAGCCACCUGCGUAGCCAGAUUGCCAAAAUAGUGGCAGCUGAUACAGCUUCGGCUUCAUUAACACCAGAUUUCUUAUCUCCAGGAAGUUCAAAUGUCUCUUCUCCCUUACCUUGUUUUGGAUCCUCAUUCCACUCUACGACUUCCUUUGUCAUUAGUGACAUCACUGAGGAGACUGAGGUAGAGGUCCCUGAGCUUCCAUCAGUCCCCCUGCUUUGUUCUACCAGCCCAGAAUGUUGCAAAUCAGAACACAAAGCUACCUGCAGCUCGUCUGAAGAGGAUGACUGUGUCUCUCUGUCCAAGGCCAGCAGCUUUGCUGACAUGAUGGGUAUCCUGAAGGACUUUCACCGGAUGAAACAGAGCCAAGAUCUGAACCGGAGUUUAUUGAAGGAGGAAGACCCUGCUGUGCUAAUUUCUGAGGUCCUAAGGAGGAAGUUCGCUCUGAAGGAAGAAGAUAUCACUAGAAAAGGAAACUGACAACACUCAGCUCUGCAAACUAUCUCACGCUCCUGGAAUUCCUUCAAUAGCUGCCUUCCUCACUGCAGAUGUUUCUGCCUCUCAAUUAGAAGUCUUCGGCCACAGUCUUGCUGACAAACUAGAGCUCAGACUGAAAAAAGAGCUGGGUUAUGUAUCCCAUACUUCAAACCUUAGCAGAAGCUGACUAGCAGAAGCUAAGGCUGUGAUAGAAGCUGAGACAUUUGUUACAGGUAAUUGUGUAGGGUGGAGUGUCUCAGUUUAAAAGGUGAGAUCAAAGUUUCUGGUCUCUCCUUGCUGUGUGAAAAUAGGUCCUGAAUGAAUGACUGACUUCACUGCAUUAGACCCCAUAACAGGUCUCACUGGACACUUUGUGCUCAGCUGUCACUCACUCUCAGUGGCUUCUUCGCAGCACAGCAGCGCUGAGGGGAAGGGUUGUUAAUGUUUUAUGUUCACAGGGCAGGGAAAUUUUAUGCUGCUCCAUCAUAAACCGACACCAAUGCCCAGCAAUCACCCUUUUCCUAUCUAUACGUAGAGGUCCAGCCACUGGAUCAGUUGACAUUUGGGCUGCUGCUGGGAGGCCUGGUCUGUUUUUUUCUCAGAACAUGUUUUGUAAUACUGUACAACCAAUCUACCCUCCAACAAGGCCUUGGGGCCUCAUCAGUUCCACUGAUUUAAAACCGUCUCUUCCAUGGACUAUAGUUUAAGCCCAGUAGGAAAGAGAAAUGGGGAGGGGAAAGAGCAUACCAUGCUUCUCCCAGGCCCAUGACUGCUACUUUGGGUAGGACAAGGUUUGUACCCACCAUACCAUGCAUGACUCAGAUCCCCUCAGGUCCCGUUCUCUACAGUAUGUAUACUGUGUGUGUUUGGGUUGCUGCACUCCCUGACAUUAAAAGAAGGAUUUAGAGAGAGACUGCA